CAAAAAAACAGCUGUAUGAUUUGACAUCUCGAAAGCAACAAAAAUUUAAUUGAUACAAUUUUCAGUUGGUAAAAUUCCUACAAAACACAAAAAGUUCUAUAUAAAUAGCAGCCGCCAUGUCUCUGGGACCAUUUUUGCGCACUCCAUUUACUGAUUUAACUGGUUGCCUGGUCAAUCAUCAGAGUUACGAAAAAUGUGGUAAGAUGGAAAUGGAAAUGAUGGACUGCCUAGAAGCUUAUGGAGUUGAAAGAGGAGAAAAGAUGUGUGCCGAUAUCAUAGCCGAUUUCCGUGAAUGCUUAGGUGCGCGGAAACAGCUUUUGAGAUUCCAUGCAAUGCGUAAUGAACGUUUAAAACAAUAUUAUUUUGGUGAUCGCAAAAAGGAAGAACUAUUCGCAGAUCCUCCUCGAGUUGAUGCUUAUUAAUGAAUAUUGUUAUUUGAACUAAUAUGAUGAAUCAUUUAUCGUUUGCUAUGGUCUUCAAUACGACGAUAAAUAAAAUUUGGAAUGAAAUGUAAA